CGGAGGUCGGACUGGAACUGCUUGAGGUGCCCACAGGAAUUUAACAGUUGUUGGGAUUUGGGAAAGACUGAAACAGCAGCCCCGGCCCUUGGCAUCUCUUGCCUGUUGUUUCUCUCUGUUGUUUUCUCUCUUGGACGGGCAGAAGGACCGACUGGAAGAUGAACGUGCAGGCUUGCUCGAGGUGUGGGUUUGGCGUGUAUCCUGCUGAGAAAAUCAACUGUCUUGACCAGAUCUGGCAUAAAGCGUGUUUUCACUGUGAGAUUUGCAAGAUGAUGCUCUCAGUUAAUAACUUUGUGAGUCACCAGAAAAGGCCAUACUGUCACGCUCAUAACCCCAAGAACAACACGUUCACGAGUGUCUAUCAUACCCCAUUAAACCUAACUGUGAGGAAAUCUCCAGCAGCCAUUCCUGGGAUUGGUGACCAAGAGGAUGGUGAACAGUUUAAAUCAGUCUUUCACUGGGACAUGAAACCCAAGGAGGGGACAGCUGUACCUACCAGGCAGCCACUGGGGAAUGAGAGAGCCUAUUGGGCGGGAUAUGGAGAAGACAACGCUUGGCACCCAGGAGAUCUGCCAGACCCUGACAUUGUAAGGAUGGUUGAGGCUCGGAAGGCUCUGGGUGAGGAGUUUACAGAAGACUAUGAGCCACAGAAGGGCAAGGGGAGCUUUCCAGCCAUGAUCACACCUGCUUACCAAAGGGCCAAGAAAGCCAACCAGCUGGCCAGUCAAGUGGAAUACAAGCGAGGCCACGACGAGCGCAUCUCUAGGUUCUCCACAGUGGCUGAUACACCGGAGCUGCUGCGGGCCAAAGCAGGGGGACAGCAUCAAAGUGAUGUGAGGUACACAGAGGCCUGUGAACAGCAGAGAGGAAAAGGCAGUUUUCCUGCCAUGAUCACCCCAGCUUAUCAAAUAGCCAAAAGAGCCAACGAACUGGCAAGUGAUGUGAGGUACCAUCAGCAGUACCAAAGGGAAAUGAAGGGGAUGGUUGGCCCAGCUCUUGGAGCUGAGGGCACACUGACAAAGGAAUGCAUGGCCCUGUCUGGUCAGGGUUACCCGGACGAAAGUGAGGAACAAAGAGGAAAAGGCAGCUUCCCGGCCAUGAUCACACCAGCUUAUCAGAAUGCCAAGAAAGCCAAUGAACUUGCUAGUGAUAUAAAAUACAGGCAAGACUACAGUAAGAUGAAGGGGGCAGCUCAUUAUCACUCCCUCUCUGCCCAAGACAACUUGGUUCUUAAACGGGCUCAGAGUGUGAACAAGCUUGUGAGUGAGGUGGAGUAUAAGAAAGACUUGGAAAGUAGCAAAGGUCACAGUAUCAACUACUGUGACACACCUCAAUUCAGGAAUGUGAGCAAGAUCUCAAAAUUCACCAGUGAUAACAAAUACAAAGAAAAUUACAAGAACCACAUGAGAGGCCACUAUGAAGGGGUCGGUAUGGACAAACGGACACUCCAUGCCAUGAAAGUUGCAAAUCUGGCCAGCAACGUUGCCUACAAGGCGGAUUACAAACAUGAUAUUGUUGACUACAACUACCCGGCAACUCUUACUCCUUCCUACCAAACAACCAUGAAGCUGGUGCCUUUGAAAGAUGCCAACUACAGGCAGAGCAUCGACAAGCUCAAGUUCAGCUCCGUGACCAACACGCCGCAGAUCAUUCAGGCCAAAAUUAAUGCCCAGCAGCUGAGUCACGUGAACUAUCGUGCUGACUAUGAGAAGAACAAGUUGAAUUAUACCUUGCCACAGGAUGUGCCUCAGCUAGUGAAGGCCAGAACCAAUGCGGAGCUGUUCAGUGAGGUUAAGUACAAAGAAGGCUGGGAGAAGACGAAGGGGCGAGGAUUCGAGCUGAAGCUGGAUGCCAUGUCUCUGCUGGCUGCCAAGGCCUCCGGAGAGCUUGCUAGCAAUAUUAAGUACAAAGAGGAGUAUGAGAAAACAAAAGGCAAAGUCAUGGGAACUCCCGACUCGAAGCUUCUGCACUCCCUGCAGGUCGCCAAGAUGAGCAGCGAGGUUGAAUACAAGAAAGGCUUUGAAGAGAGUAAGACUCAGUUUCAUCUGCCCAUGGACAUGGUAAACAUCAGGCAUGCGAAGAAGGCUCAAGCUCUCGCCAGUGACCUGGACUAUCGAGAAAAGCUGCAUGAAUACACGGUGUUGCCAGAAGAUAUGAAGACUCAGUGGGCCAAGAAGGCCUCAGGGCUCCAGAGUGAGCUGCAGUACAAGGCGGACCUGGCAUGGAUGAGAGGCGUUGGGUGGUUGACCGAGGGUAGCCUCAAUUUGGAACAGGCCAAGAAGGCUGGACAGCUGGUCAGCGAGAAAAACUACAGGCAGAGGGUGGAUGAGUUGAAGUUCACCAGCGUGGCCGACAGCUCCCAGAUGGAGCAUGCCAAGAAGAGUCAGGAGCUACAGAGCGGGGUGGCCUACCGAGCAGAGAACGAGCAGUCUGUCCAUCAGUACAGCAUCAGCAAAGACGAGCCUGUGUUCUUGCAGGCCCGCACCAACGCCGCCAACCUCAGUGAGAAGCUGUAUAAGAACAGCUGGGAGAAUCAGAAGGCCAAAGGGUUCGAGCUGCGUCUUGACUCCUUGACCUUCCUGGCAGCCAGAGCCAAGAGGGACCUGGCCAGUGAGGUGAAGUACAAGGAGGACUACGAGCGGUCCAGAGGGAAGCUCAUUGGGGCUAAUGGUGCCCAAGGGGACGCGCAGAUGAGCCACUCGCUGCUAAUGUCCAAGCUGCAGAGUGAACUGGAGUACAAGAAGGGGUUUGAGGAGGCUAAGUCCCAGUGCCAUAUCUCCCUGGACAUGGCCCAUCUGGUGCACGCCCGCAAGGCUCAGCAUCUAGCCACAGACGUGGGCUACAAGACGGCGUCGCAUCACUUCACGGCUCUGCCCACAGACAUGAAGCUGGAGUGGGCCAAGAAGGCUUAUGGUCUGCAGAGUGAUAACCAGUACAGGGCAGAUGUGAAGUGGAUGAAAGGCACGGGCUGGGUCGCCACCGGGUCAUUAAAUGUGGAGCAGGCGAAGAAGGCAGGAGAACUCAUUAGCGAGAAGAAGUACCGUCAGCAUCCAGAUGCUUUGAAGUUUACCAGUAUUAAAGACACUCCGGAGAUGGUCCAGGCCAGAAUUAGUUAUACCCAAGCAGUGGAUAGGCUCUACAGGGAACAAGGAGAAAACCUUAAGCAUCACUAUACACAGACAGCGGACCUCCCCGAAGUCCUGCUGGCCAGGCUGAACGCCAUGAACAUCAGUGAGACCCGGUAUAAGGAGUCGUGGAGCAAACUUCGAGACGGUGGCUAUAAACUGAGACUGGACGCCAUUCCGUUCCAGGCAGCAAAGGCUUCUGGGGAAAUUAUCAGCGAUUACAAAUACAAAGAGGCAUUUGAGAAAAUGAAAGGACAGAUGCUUGGCUCCAAGAGCCUGGAGGACGACCUCAGCCUGGCGCACUCAGUGCACGCCAACGCGCUGCAGAGCGAAGUGAAUUACAAGAAAGGCUUCGAAGACUCAAAGGCACAGUUCCAUCUGCCGCUGGACAUGGUCACCCUGGUGCAUGCCAGGAAGGCUCAGAACCUGGCCAGCGACCAGGACUACAGACGCCCACUGCCCCAGCACACGUCCUUGGCCGAAGACCUGAGGCUGCGCUGUGCCAAGAGGGCCCACCUGCUGCAGAGUGAGAACGCAUACCGGUCGGACUUGAACUUCAUGCGGGGCGUGGCCUGUGUCAUUCCCGGCACUUUGGAGAUCGAAGGCAGGAAGAAAGCGUCUGAGCUCAUCAGCGAGAGCAAGUAUCGCCAGCAUCCCCAGUCAUUCAGAUACACCGCCGUGACCGACACACCCAGCCUCCUUCAGGCCAAACUCAGCAACCAGAUUACCAAUGAGCGCCUCUAUAAAGCUGCAGGGGAGGAAUCCAGGCACCAGUACACCAUGACGCUGGGGCUGCCCGAGUUCGAACGAGCGAAGAUGAACGCAGCCAAUCUGAGUGACGUGAAAUACCAGGAGUCUUGGCGUAAUCUGCGGGCCCAGGGCAACAAGCUGACGAUGGACGCGCUCCCCUUCCGGACUGCCCGGGUCUCUGGAGACAUCGCCAGUGAUUUUCUCUACAGACACGACUUCGUGAAGGAGCGAGGGCAACUGAUCGGGGCCCAGAGCGUCAGCGAUGACCCCCGGCUCCGGCACUGCCGGCGGAUGGGCCAGCUGCAGAGUGAGCUGGCGUACCGGCGGGAGGCGGCUGGCGACCGGGGCCAGUGCCACCUGCCCGGGGACAUGGUGCCCCUGGUGCAUGCCAGGAAGGCCCAGGCCCUGGCCAGUGAUUACGACUACCGGACGCGGUGCCACGAGUUCACGGCGCUGCCUGAGGACCUGAAGAUGUCCUGGGCCAAGAAAGCCCACGCGCUGCAGAGCGAGUUCCGCUACAAGUCAGACCUGAUGGGCAUGAAGGGCACAGGAUGGCUGACGCAGAGCUCUCCGCAGAUGGAGAGUGCCAAGAAGGCCGGGGAGCUCAUCAGUGAGAGCAAAUACCGCAGAAGACCAGACAGCAUCAAGUUCACCACAGUGGUCGACUCCCCAGACCUGGUCCAUGCCAAGAAUAGCUACCUGCACUGUAAUGAGCGCCUGUACAGAUCAGGGGACGAGGAGUCCCGGCACCGAUACACCCUGAUCCCCGACCACCCGGAGUUCACCAGGGCCCGCCUCAACGCACUGCAUCUGAGUGAUAAAGCCUACAGGAACUCCUGGGAACAGACCCGUGCUGGCGGCUGUGACUUCAGGCUGGAUGCCAUCCCCUUCCAGACUGCCCGGGCUUCCAGGGAGAUCGCCAGCGAUUUCCGCUACAAAGAGGCCUUCCAAAGAGAGCGGGGCCUACAGAUCGGGUACCGCAGCGUCCAAGAUGACCCACGGAUGACGCACUUCCUCAGUGUCGGCAAGCUGCAGAGUGACAAUGAGUACAAGAAAGACUUUGCCAAGAGCCGGUCCCAGUUCCACAGCCUCCCCAACCAGCCUGGCUUCCUCCAGGCCAAGAGGAGUCAGCAGCUGGCUAGCGACGUCCACUACAGGCAGCCGCUGCCCCAGCCCACCUGUGACCCGGAGGAGCUGGGCCUGAAGCACGCCCAGAAGGCGCACCAGCUGCAGAGCGAUGUCAAGUACAAAUCGGACUUGAACCUGACCCGUGGUAUUGGCUGGACCCCUCCUGGCUCUUACAAAGUGGAGAUGGCCCGGCGCGCGGCAGAACUGGCCCAUGCCAGGGGCCUGGCCCUGUGGGGUGCAGCCGGGGGGCCAGAGGCUACGGAGACUGGAGGUAAUCAGAGGGGGGAUGUGAACCCAGAUGCCACUGAAAUCCUACACGUCAAAAGGAGGAAGGCUCUGGUGUUGUGAGUGAGCCGCGCACACCCCGGAUCCUUGGGAUUGAAGCUGGAUCUGCGCGCCGGAGCCGUGCUGAGACGGCUUCAGCGGGGCGAGCCGUCAAAGCGGCGCGCCCGUCCGUCAAAGCAGCGCGCACCCGUCCAUCCGCCAGCUCAGCCUGUUACUGGAAAACGCAGCCCUGAAAGCCAACGAACAGUGCAUUGGGGGGGUCCUCUGUCUGCUUCCUGGAGGUGUGUGUGUGUGG